UGUAUACUGAUCUCCCGCCCGUGCCUGCUCAUGCCCGCCCUCCCAAGUCCCGCCCGUCCACAUCCUUGACGUCGGGCCGCCUUGGCUGAUUGAGCGCGGUAUAUAAGACCGCAGGAAGGGCUACGUGCAUCGUCGUGGAACCCCUAGUUCGCCUCCUGCUUCCACCAUCGACAUGAAGUUCUGCACGGUACUCGGAUUGGUGACGGCGCUGGUAGGCGGCGUCGUUGCUCAAGACACCACUGCUCCUGCGGUCCCGACUGGCACACCAAUUCCGGGGGACUACAACGGCGCAUACAGGCCGCAAGUUCACUUUUCACCUCCUCAGCACUUCAUGAAUGACCCAAAUGGGAUGUUCCUUGACGCCAACGGAACCUACCAUCUAUAUUACCAGUAUAAUCCCACGGCAAACGUCGCAGGAAACCAGCACUGGGGGCACGCUACGAGCAGAGACCUCUACCACUGGAUCAACCAGCCCAUCGCCAUCUUCCCACCGACCAACGACUCACAAGUCUUCAGCGGGUCUGCCGUCGUCGACGUCAACAACACAUCUGGCUUCUUCCCCAACCAGGACAACGGCGUGGUUGCGAUCUACACCCUGAACACGCCCACGGCGCAGGUCCAAGAGAUCUCGUACUCCCACGACGGAGGCUACACCUUCACCGCGUUCGCCGAGAACCCGGUCAUCAACAGCACCUCGACGCAGUUCCGCGACCCGAAGGUGAUCUGGUUCGAGGACCACUGGGUGAUGGUCAUCUCGUACUCCCAGGAGUUCGCGGUCGGCAUCUACACGUCCCCGGACCUCAAGACCUGGUCGCACGCGUCCAACUUCACCCACCACGGCCUCCUCGGUCUCCAGUACGAAUGCCCCAAUCUCGUGAAGAUGCCCGUGCAGGGCAGCGACGACGGCAUGUACGUGCUCACCAUCAGCAUCAACCCGGGCGCACCUCUCGGCGGGUCCAUCACCGAGUACUUCCCUGGCACGUUCAAUGGCACGCACUUCACCGCGGUGGACGGCGCCGCGCGCGUCGCGGACUUCGCGAAGGACAACUACGCGGGGCAGUUCUUCUAUGGGGUCCCGGAUGGCCAAGACGCGGUGUCCAUCGCGUGGGCGUCCAACUGGCAGUACACGCAGGUCGUCCCGACCGCGCAGGAGGGCUGGCGCAGCGCGAUGUCGCUCCCGCGCCGUAACUACCUGGCGAACGUCACGCGCAUCGGCUGGGACCUUAUCUCCCUUCCCUACGACCUCAGCCCUGUGCUCGGUCAACAACUCGCCUCGAGCUCUAGCCUCCUGAACAGCACACUCGUCGUCGACUACAGCGGCGUCGCGUCGAAUGCCGUCUACUUCGAGGCGAACGUCACUGGCGUCUCAGGCGCGAGCAGCGCCGCGACGCUCAACUUCACGCUCCUUAGCCCCGUCUCGGGCGAGUCAGUCCGCGGCGGGUACUACUUCGGCGGCGACAACCCGUUCUUCAUCGACCGCGGGCGCGUGCGCGGCUUCGACGACCCGUUCUUCACGGACAAGUUCUCGACGUCGACCGUCCUGCGCGCGGACGGGACGUGGACGCUGUCGGGCGUGGUCGACCGGAGUCUCCUCGAGGUGUUCGUGGACGGCGGCGCGGCGAGCGCGACGGCGUCGUUCUUCGCGACGCAGCCGCUGACGCUGUUGACGCUGUCCACUGCGCAGCUGCCUGCGAACGCGUCUGUCAGCGUGGCUGUGUAUGCGCUGGAGAGCGCGUGGAAGGGGUACGAGAACUCAGAGGGGAUUGUGUUGGGCAAUGUCACGACGACUGCCGAGGUCAAGCGAGACGAGUUGUGAAGAGUAUGGUAGCGUUGUUGAGCCCUUCGGCGUGUAUCGUACAUAGCAUAAGUAGUGCAACCAAAAUUUAGGUUUACGUUCUGACAAG